UUUCGUUUAGUACUACUACCUCGUUUACAGAAGAUUUUCAAUUUAAAUGAGGUCAAAGCGGUUUCUCACCUGAAUACUUUUUUACGAGUAAGAUAGUACCAAGCAAGAAGAAAACAUAACAUAUAUCCUAGUGGAUAUAGGAAGUCAUCACCAUGACGACUGAGGGAUUCGGGACGUGCUUAAAAUAUUGCACAUUUGUGUUUAACUUGAUUUUCUUCUUGGCAGGUGGUGCUCUUGUUGGGGUUGGAAUAUGGAUGGCAGUAGACAGAAACUUCUUGACGUCAAUCAUAGGCACAGCAUUAUACACAGUGGUGUGUGUAGUAAUCAUAGCGUGUGGAGCGAUCUCAUUGUUCAUUGCAUUCUUUGGAUGCUGUGGGGCCAUAAAUGAGAACAGAUGCAUGUUAAUGACCUAUUUUGUGUUCCUCUUGGUAAUUCUAAUACUGUUGCUAGUAGGAGGCAUCUUAGCUGUAGUCUUCAGAACAACUUUAACUAACAGUAUGCAAAGUGCUAUGGAUGACUCCCUAAAGAACAGAUAUGGCUAUAACUUGAAUGAGGAAUUGAAUCAAGCAAUCACACAGGGCUGGGAUAUGGCACAGGACAGAUUACAAUGCUGUGCUAUUGCAAAUAAAGGUUGGAAAAUUUAUAGACAGACCAAUUGGUACAAGUACUGGCCAGAUCAGAACAACAAACCUUGGGUGCCUGAAAGUUGUUGUACGAAAGAUGCUCAGUUUCGUUAUUUGAACACCAAAAUCUGUCAGUUUGGAACAGGAAUGCCACCUGCUACGGAAACUGGUGCAAAGAAUGACUACCUCCAUUACACGGGGUGCUAUGAAGCUGGAAUUAACUUUUUAUAUCAGCAUGCUUAUAUCAUGAUCGGACUAGGAUUUGGGGUGAUAUUUUUACUGAUAUUUGGACUUGUCAUCACUUUUAUGCUCAUGAGACAGCUAGAACUCUAAGCAUCACUAUCAAAUUGUUGGUAUGAUUUUCUCAAUGUGCCUAUAUAGAAACUUGGACUAGAUGGAUGUAUACAUAGAUACAUGGCUCAUUGCCCAUAGAUACAUUACUCAUUGCCCAUAGAUACAUUACUCAUUGCCCAUAGAUACAAGAUGCAUUGGCCAUAGAUAAAGGGCUCAUUGCCAUAGAUUCAGUAUUUGUAAAUAUUCCAACUUUAGGACUAGUCUACUUGAUUGUUCAGGGAUGUCAU